CCAUUCAUCACACACACACACACACACACACACACUGUCCGUCCAUCACCACCAAUACCAUUAAACAUCAUCAACGUUCACAUGGAAAUCGUGCCCAAAUCAAAACCCACUUCGACAUUUCCAACUUCAACAACAGUUCGGUCCACCUCCUCUAUUCUAUGCUCUCCUCCGCCCCACCGUCCACAACUACUCCUUUAAAUACCUCAUCUCCUCCACACACCAGAAAAUAUAAGUGAAGAACUCAGACACAGACUCCUUUCAUCUCCAGCACUAGAGUAUUCAAAGCGCAUCAAUGGCGGAAACAGCAACUGAUCCGGCAACUCCAUCUCUCUUCUCCCCUUACAAGAUGGGCAAGUUCGAUCUUUCCCACAGAGUGGUACUGGCGCCAAUGACUAGAUGCAGAGCUCUGAACAACGUCCCCAACUCUGCCCUCGUCGAGUACUACACCCAAAGAGCCACCAACGGCGGAUUUCUCAUCACGGAGGGCACCAUGAUCUCCCCGACGGCUGCGGGGUUCCCUCACGUGCCGGGGAUAUUCAACAAGGAGCAAGUGGAGGCGUGGAAGCACGUGGUUGGUGCGGUGCAUGCUAAGGGUACUGUUAUAUUCUGUCAGCUGUGGCACGUUGGCCGGGCAUCUCAUCAAGCACUUCAGCCGGGUGGAAUUACCCCAAUAUCAUCCACGAACAAGCCAAUAUCAAGGAGGUGGAGAGUGCUAAUGCCUGAUGGAACUCAUGAGAUUUAUCCCAAGCCACGCAAAUUGGAAACUUAUGAAAUACCUGAGCUCGUUGAACACUAUCGCCAGGCCGCAAUAAAUGCCAUUGAAGCAGGUUUUGAUGGUGUUGAGAUCCAUGGGGCUCAUGGUUACCUCAUCGAUCAAUUUAUGAAGGAUGGGAUCAAUGAGCGGACCGAUGAGUACGGUGGAUCCCUGGAGAACCGCUGCAAAUUCAUAAUGCAAGUAGUUCAAGCAGUUGUUUCGGCUGUUGGGGCUGACCGAGUCGGUGUCAGAAUUUCACCUGCAAUCGAUCAUCUCGACGCAAUGGACUCGGAUCCACUCAGCCUAGGCCUAGCAGUAAUCGAGAGACUCAACAAGCUCCAAACAGAUUGUGGAGCAAGACUCACUUAUCUACACGUGACUCAGCCUCGAUACACUGCCUAUGGGCAGACAGAGUCGGGCAGCCACGGGAAUGCAGAAGAGGAGGCCCGUUUCAUGAGAACUUGGCGAAGGGCUUAUCAGGGAACAUUCAUCUGCAGUGGUGGAUUCACUAGGCAGCUAGGAAUUGAAGCCGUGGCCGAGGGUGAUGCCGACUUGGUUGCAUAUGGCCGGUUAUUCAUUUCAAACCCGGAUUUAGUUCUGAGACUCAAGCUCAAUGCACCUUUAAAUAAGUAUAUCCGGGCUACCUUCUACACCCAUGAUCCUGUUGUCGGUUACACUGACUACCCUUUCCUGAAUUUACCCAAAUCGCGCCUGUAAAUCAGGAUGUACAUUAUCAUUUUUGGAGGUGAAAGCUUCCUUAUCAGCAUGGGCAGAGGAAAAUCUGUGUAUUUCUGUUGUGUACCCUAAUAGUAAUGUCAUGCAGCUGGCUAUCUUCUACACGUCAAGUCCUUUAACAAUAGUCUGUUUAUGCAAAGAGUUUGCCACUUUGCCAGUCAGAAUCUUGGGUAAUAUUGUUGUAAGAGUAAAUACUGUUAGCUUGAGAAAAAGGUUUUAACUUCUCUAUUCAGAUC